AUGGCCGGACAGGCUGAACACCCAAAAUGGUGGCGUCGCCGAUUUCCGUGGCAUCGCACACAAUACAGAGGAUCGCUUCUCUUCAAUCUCGCAUCUUUCAUUCUUCCAGCUCUCUACGGCACUCUUUCCAAGCUCUGGGUUGCCAACAUUGACGCAUCCAUGGUGGUAACGACAGAUGCAUACACCUACAUGAACACGGCCGCCGAAGCCGUCAACGAAGGCCUUCCAAGAGCCGCUUGGGUCAUUAUUGGUGACAAAGCAUCACGGGAUCUUGCAAAGCGUCUUCAGUUGACACAUACCCUGAUCGCGUUUCAAUCUCUCGCGGGAUUCAUAUUGAGCAUCGUCUUUCUUGCCGCAGCCCCAGCAUUCGCAAGACGCUUCGUCCCCUCCGAAGUCCGGGAUGCGAGCUUGACAUAUAUACGCAUCUCAUCGUUCACCGUCUUUAGCGGAAUCCUUGAGACUGCUGUCGCGACUUCAACAAGGGCUUUAGACAAACCAGAUAUUCCCUUGGCCAUCAGCUCGGUCAAGUUUGCCAUUAAUAUCCUGCUCGACUUUCUUCUAAUUUCAAAGUGGCAUGUGGGAUCCUUCACCCCGACUGUCAACAUGCAAGGCACGAUCCAGCUAGUCUGCAAUCUUGUGGCUUCCUUUGUCGGGCUUGCCUACUUCCUAUGGUCAAAUACCCGGCCUCUCCUGAGAGAAUUGCGACGAGAGCCGCAGACACACCAUCGACUGCGCCCAAGCUUCCAAGCGCUCAAGGUUUUCCUUCGUCCUGGCCUCAUUUUCUUCACCGAAUCUGCCGUGAGGAACGCACUCUAUCUCUGGCUGGUUACGACAAUCGUUGCACUCGGCUCCGUCUACUCCACGGCUUGGGGUGUCUUCAACACCAUCCGCUGGGGCCUGGUCAUGGUUCCAGUUCAAGCACUAGAGGCGACUGCCCUUCAAUUCAUCGGCCACAAUUGGGGAGAGUGGAGAAGAAAGGUGGGCGUCAAUAUGCGAAGACCCAGGGCGAGCUGGAAAGAUAUUCUCGCCAUUGUACGGCCUGCGCUGAAAUCCCUUGUUCUUGCGAUUGUCUUUGAGGUUCCGCUUGCCAUCUUCCUCACUUUAUACGGGGCCUAUUCGUUUGCAUCCUACCUCAGCGGCUCGCACGAAGUUGCCGAAGUCACGGCAUACAUGUGGCGAACUCUUGAUUGGUGUUAUGUGUUCUAUGCCAUGUCGACUCAGCUAGCCACGAUCUUACUUGCAACCCGACCAAAGUGGUAUCUAUACCAGAGUCUUGCGAGCAAUCUCCUUUAUGUGCUUCCAUGGGCCAUCGCUUGCCAAGUUGCUCACUUGGAUACGGAUAGUGCUUGGUGGUAUCACAGUUGGGUUUUUGGCGGCAGUCUCGUUUUCAGUUUUGGAAUUAUUAUAAUCCUUGAUUCGCUCUGGGCCUGGACUUUGCUACGAGGGAAGGCCAAAUUGGAGGUGUUCAGAGAGUGA